CCCGUGUUACCCCUCCGUCUUCGUGCCGCCUGCCUCCGUUCCGCCAUGAGAUGCUCUGCGCUUCUUCUGCUCUGCCUGCUCUCGGCUCUCCGCGCCGGGGCAGAAGACCAGGUCGUCGAGAAAGACCCGACGUCCGCCGAGGACGCCAGCGCCGAAAAGUCCGAUGAUAUCCUUGAGGAAGACAACGUCUUGGUGCUGAACAAGAGGAAUUUCGACAAAGCCCUUCAAGAAUACCCCUUCCUGCUGGUGGAGUUUUAUGCCCCGUGGUGCGGCCACUGCCAAGAACUUUCCCCAAAAUACUCCAAGGCUGCGGAAAUCCUGAAAAAUCAAACAGCAGAGGCCAGGCUGGCAAAGGUGGACGCGACGGAGGAAAACGACCUGAGCACCGAAUUCAACGUCAACGGAUACCCCACAAUCAAAUUUUUUAAGGGAGGAAACAGGACGGGACACAUUGACUAUGGUGGAAGGAGGGACGUGGAAGGUUUUGUGAAGUGGAUGCUGAGGAGGCUCAGUCCUCUGGCCCCCGUUCUCGAUGAUGUGGCCAGCGCAGAGAAGUUUGCCACCUCCGGCAACUCGCCUGUCAUCGCUUUCUUCAGGGACCCUGCCGACGGGGAUCUCAAGCUCUUUAAUGAAGUUGUGGAGAACGCAGAGGAAUUUAACUUUGCUGUCGCGCACAAAGAAGAAAUAUUCCAAAAAUUCGGGGUUAAGGACGACGCGGUCAUCUUUUUCAAAAAUUCUGAAGAAAAAUACGAGUAUAGUUUUGAGGAAGAUGUCGGGCUGGAUAAAGACGAGCUCAUCCGAUUCCUUAAUGUGAACAGCUUGGAUCUGGUGACCGAAUACAGCGAAGAGACGUCUGAAAAGAUUUUUGGGGCUAAAGUUGAAAACCACCUACUGCUGUUCAUCAAUAAGAGCGAGGAAUACCAGCUGGAACUGCUAGAAAACUUCCGAAAAGCAGCUGCCGAAUUUAAAGGAAAGGUCCUCUUUGUUGUAAUUAAUUCCAAUGGUCCACAUUCUGGUGUCCUCGAGUACUUUGGGCUGAAAACCACCGAUAUCCCCACUAUUCGAUUUAUCAACAUUGAGUUGGUGAAGAAGUUCUCGUUUGGGGACGAGAAGAUCACAACGGAGGCGGUUAGACUUUUUUGUCAGGGUGUCCUCGAUGGCAAAAUAAAGCAAAAUCUCAUGAGCGAGGAAAUUCCCGAAGACUGGGACAAGAAUCCAGUUAAGGUUCUUGUUGGAAAGAACUUUGAGGAAGUGGCUUACGACGAAACAAAGAAUGUGUUCGUAGAAUUUUACGCCCCUUGGUGCACGCAUUGUAAGGAGUUGGAGCCAACGUGGGAGAAACUCGGCGAAAAGUACAAAGAUCACGAAAACGUCAUCAUCGCCAAAAUAGACGCCACGGCAAACGAAAUCGACGGGCUGAGAGUGAGGGGGUAUCCAAAUCUGAGGUUCUUUCCUGCCGGCUCGGGGCGAAAGAAUAUCGAAUACACAAAAGAAAGGACGGUUGAGCUGUUUUCUGCCUUUAUCGACAGCGGCGGCGUUUUACCCGAAGAUGAGAAAAAGGAUUCCCAGAGCGAUAACUCAGCAGAGAGCAAAGAGGACGACAGCCAAGAGAAAUCCAAGGACGAACUGUAACCGAGAAUCGCAAACAUCUGCCAGCGAGACGGGAAAUAGUUUACUUAUUUAAUGCGGAGAGCAAAUAAUAGCGAGAAAAGAAAAAAGGAGCUAUACAUUGUUACAAAUAUAUAUAUUUUUUUGUUUCUCUCUUUUAAGUAUAAACAAUAAAAAGAACAAUAUUGUCCAUAA